GCACAAGUAACAGAAAGGCACAAAAUACUGAUUUUUAUCUUGCAAGCAUACCCACACCCUCCUUUGUUGUAUCUUUUCAGCUUUCUUUACAGUAGCACCAGGUAACUGCAGCUGCUGUGUUGGCCUUUUCCUUGUUAGGCCAGAAUUCUGUGCUCAGCUGGCCCUGUGAGCUACAGCGUGCAGAGCUGUUGUGCUCUGUCACAUGAAAACACCACCUGGGCACACACACAAGCCCCCCAUUAUUCUGUUUGGAGCCUGAGUGUUUUGCAGUGCCAGUGCUGCCCCAUUAAAGCCGGUCCCCAAUUAACAGCACAUCAGGUGAGGCCGAGGUCGGGGCUGGCAGCACAGGCAGGUGCAAGAACGAGUGUCAGUGCAGCCCCCCUGCCAUUUUGGCUCCCUGGGCACUGUCCCAGGUACAAGGUGGGGAAAGAAGAGAACUGGGCUUCAGAUAGGGGUGAAAGGGACCAGGGGUGCUGGGCAGCAGUGAUUGGACAUGAGCCAGCAGCCUACCCAGGUGGUCAAGACGACAAAUGGCCCCUGGCCUGGAUCAGGAAUGGUGUGGCCAGCAGGAGCAGGGCAGGGAUUCUUCCCCUGUGCUCAGCACUGGUUGGGCAGCACCUCGAGUGCCGUGUCCAGUUCUGAGCCCCCAAUUUUGGAAGGCUGUGGAGGGGCUGGAGCGUGUCCAGAGAAGGGCAGGAAGGCUGGUGAGGGGCUUGGAGCACGAGUGAGGAAGGGCUGAGGGAGCUGGGGGUGUUCAUCCUGGAGAAAAGGAGGCUCAGCACACACCUCAUCACUCUCCUCAGCUCCCUGAAGGGUGGCUGGAGGCAGCUGGGGGUCGGGCUCUUUGUCCUGGCAGCCACCGACAGCACGAGAGGAGACAGCCUCGAGCUGCCCCAGGGGAAGCUCAGGUUGGACAUCAGGAAAAAAUUCUUCACUGAAAGAGGGACUGGGCACUGGGAUGGGCUGCCCAGGGAGGUGCUGGAGUCACCAUCCCUGGAGGGGUUUAUAAAAAGACUGGACGUGGCACUGAGUGCCAUGGUCUGGUUGAGGUGUUAGGGCUGGGUUGGACUCGAUCAUCUCAAAGGUCUUUUACAACCUGGCUCAUUCUGUGAUGCUGUGCUUUAGGAGCAUCCCAGAAGAAAGGGUGCAUGUGCUUUCUGGGUGUGAUCAGAGAGCUGAAGCUGCUCUGGGUGUCUUUGGGGAGCGCCAUGGCUCACACAGGCACCACCCAGCCCUAUCUCCAUGUGAAGCUCUGGCUGUCCCCAACCAGGCUCUCCCUCACAGGGGACCUUGGCCAGGGCCAGGGACAAGACACAGAGACAUGGAUGCAGGUGGCUGAGAGCAGCAUGGAAACACAACAGCUAAACACAAGAAGCAGAAUUUUCCUUCUUCCCCUGAUGCCUGUGGGCAGUCAUCCUGUUGUGAUGUCACCUGCUGCUGGAGGGUGACAAACCUUGUGUUUGUGAGGUCACUGGGGCUGUGUUGUGGUGUCACCUCCCGCCCUGGCUGUGCUCGGGCACUGGCAGGGCCAGCGUGGCUCCAGCCUGGACUGCUGGCCAAGCAAGGCUGGGAGAGUCGAGCCAGGUGUGUCCUGGAGCGGUGUCGAAGGCUGCGGGCUGUCACUGGGCUGUCACUGGGAAUUCCCUGCCGGUCCCGGAGCAUCACUCCAUGUCCCGAGCCCUGCCUGCUGCGGGCAGCCGGCAGCGCGGCGCUUGCAGCGCUGGAGUGCGGGACAUGCUUUGGAAGCGCUACAGAAUCACCGCAUCACCGAGGCUGGAAGAGACCUUCGAGAUCCCCACGUCCAGCCGCGGGCCCGGCUCCAGCUCCGGGGCCAGCCAUGGGGAGCCUCCUGUCCUUGUACCCGCCGGUGGCCCCGCCGGGCGAGAGCACGGCCACGCAGACGGAGUGGAACUGCCCGGUGUGCCACAGCGUGCUGAGCGACACGGCCGCCGUGCCCUGCGGCCACCAGUCGUGCCUGGGCUGCCUGCUGCGCCACACGGCCAGCAGCCCCACCUGCCCGCUCUGCGACGCGCCCGUGCUCAGCGCCCGCUUCUCCGUGCAGGACCGCAACGAUUUCCUGCAGUGCAUCCUGAUCCCGCCCCGGGAGCCGCCGGGGCCCGGCAGCUGGGCCCGCCGGGCUCUGUUCCGCCUGGUGUACGAGCGGCCCCCCGGCCCGCCCGGCCCGGCUGAGCCGGCUGAGCCGCCGAGGAGCCCCGAAGCCGCGGAGGAGCUGCCGGCCGACCUGUGGGCAGAGCUGCUGCACGGCCACGAGCAGCUGCUGGAGCCCGUGCGGCCCUGGCUGCGGCAGAGCCUGGACGCCAUCUACGGCCCGCAGUGGUGGGAGGCGCGGCAGGUGGAGAGCAUCGCGCUGUCCACGCUGUGCAUCUGCGGCCCGGACAGCGCCGGGCUCACGCACAUGCUGCGGGGCUACCUGGGCGACUACACCGCGCCGCUCAUCCGCGGCCUCAUCCACGCCACCGUGCACCGCUGCAGGGACGCCUGGCUGCGGCGGCGCGCCCAGCCUGCCCCCGAGGCGCAGGAGGAGCAGCAGGAGCAGGAGGAGCAGGAGGAGGGGAGCCCUGCGGCCAGCGCCGGCUCCUCCUCGCCGAGAGCGGCCCCCGCCCUCGGGCUGGCUCCGGACCCCGCAGGGCUCGGGCUGGGGAGCUGGCCCGGCCAGCUGGACCCUGCCCUCCUCCCCGGGGCUCUGACACGCUGGGACGCGAAUGGAGACUGGGAAAAAGGCAGGCACAGGCUGGCAAUGGGGAACGCUGAGGGCCUCGGGGGGAAUCUGCCAGGGGGCUCAGGGGUCACGGAGGAGCCGCAGGAGGAGACGGAGGGGCUGGGAGGGUCGGCAGUGUCCUCCAGCCGCACCGUGCCCCGGAGCUGGCACCCACCCGCCGCGGGGCGGAUCCGCACCCGGGAGGCGCUGACCGUGUCCAGCCCCGAGCAGGGACGGGCACGGCGGCACGGCCAUUCCCGUGCAGCCCCUCCCGGCCGCCAUGGCCCCGGCACCCGCCUGCCCCGGGCUCUGUCAGCCCGAACACAUCCCGCAGGGCUCUCUCAGAGGACACGGAGCAGGGACCAGCGGCGAGCUCCGCCCGCUCCGCCCGGGCCGUGCCCCGUCCCCUCCCUCCCUCCCUCCCGCCGCGCGCGGGCCCGUGUCGUAAGGGGCGCGAGCCUGUCGCGACGCCCAGCGCUGAUUGGCUGCCGCGCGCCCCGGAAGCGGAAGUGGCGGCGGAAGCGGUGA